CCGCCCGAGGGGCCCGAGCCCGCCGAGCCGGGCGAGCCCGCCGAGCGCAGCCGCCUCUGCUGCAACCUGGGCCGGGAGCUCUACUUCUACUCGGGCUGCGGGCCGGGCCCCGGCGGCCGCGGCAGCAGGCGGUCCCUCGAUCUGAACAAGCCCAUCGACAAGCGCAUCUACAAAGGCACUCAGCCCACCUGCCACGACUUCAACCAGUUCACAGCCACCACUGACAGCAUCUCUCUGCUGGUGGGCUUCUCUGCUGGCCAGGUUCAGUACCUGGAUCUCAUCAAGAAGGACACCAGCAAGUUGUUCAAUGAGGAGCGGCUCAUCGACAAGACGAAGGUGACCUAUCUGAAGUGGAUCCCGGAGACAGAGGGCCUCUUCCUGGCCUCCCACGCCAGCGGGCACCUGUACCUGUACAACAUGGAGCACCCGUGUGGCUCCGCCUCGCCCCAGUACACCCUCCUCAAGCAGGGCGAGGGCUUCGCCGUCUACGCCUGCAAGAGCAAAAGCGCCCGCAACCCACUGGUGAAGUGGGCGGUGGGCGAGGGGGCCCUCAACGAGUUCGCCUUCUCACCCGACGGCCGCUACCUGGCCUGCGUCAGCCAGGACGGCUGCCUCCGCGUCUUCCACUUCGACUCCAUGCUGCUGCAGGGCAUGAUGAAGAGCUACUUCGGGGGGCUGCUGUGCGUCUGCUGGAGCCCCGACGGGCGCUACAUCGUCACUGGCGGCGAAGACGACCUGGUGACCGUCUGGUCCUUUGCCGAGGGCCGGGUCAUCGCCAGGGGGCACGGGCACAAGUCCUGGGUCAACGCGGUGGCCUUCGACCCGUACACCAGCAGCGUGGAGGAGGAGGAACCGCCGGAGCUAAGCGGCAGCGACGAGGAGCCCCAGGAGCCGGCCCACUUUGGCCGGGUGCGGACUAGCAGCACCCUUUCCCGCCUCUCCAAGCACAGCACCCAGAGCUCCCCCUCGGUGACCUACCGCUUCGGCUCGGCCGGCCAGGACACUCAGUUCUGCUUGUGGGACCUGACGGAGGACGUGCUGUACCCCCACCCCCCGCUCUCCCGGGCCCGGACUCUCACAAACACCUUCAGCUCUGGCAUCCCCUCCUCGGUGAGCGGCGGGAGCAACCUGGCUGGGGAGCCGGGGGUCAGCAGCGGGGGGUCCAUCCUGCCCCGCUCGCUCUCGCGCUCCAACAGCCUGCCCCACCCGGCCGUUACCAGCGCUGCCAAGAACCACGUGGCGGACAGCGCCGUGCCCUUCAGCAUCGGCAAGUUCGCCACGCUCACCCUGCAGGAGCGCCGGGACAAGAACGCCGAGAAGGAGCACAAGCGCUACCACAGCCUGGGCAACAUCAGCAAGAGCAACGACAAGAUCAGCGGGGCGCCCCGGAGCAAGCUGGACACGGCCAAGGUCUUGGGCACGGCCCUCUGCCCCCGCAUCCACGAGGUGCCCCUGCUGGAGCCCCUGGUCUGCAAGAAGAUUGCCCACGAGCGGCUGACGGUGCUGCUCUUCCUGGAGGACUGCAUCAUCACCGCCUGCCAGGAGGGGCUCAUCUGCACCUGGGCCAGGCCUGGGAAAGCCAACCUCCCCUCUCAGAACGGCAGCUCGCCCAGUGGCACUGUGGUAUAACCCAGGGACCGCCUGCCCCCCACUCGGUGCCAGCUUGGCCGCCUGGCACUGUCCAGACUCCGGGCCCUCGUUAUUUAACGCUAAUUGACGCUGCGUGGACAGACACUUCCCGUGGUGGUGAGCCGCUAACAGAGGUUUAAUAUAUAGAUACCCGUCUACAGAGCACAGGCCCCUCCACUGGCCUGGGCCACCCUGUCCCUUAACGUAUUAAUGGCCCCUGUUUAAAGCUUUGUGGAACUUCAGCCCUGGAGUGAUGGGUGCAGAGCCGGUCUCCCCAGAGCCCUCACUUUGCACAAUAGCCUGGAGCGCUGGAGCUGCGAGCUGCCCAGGGGUGGGGGGGGCUUUCUGCGGCUUCAGUUUCCCCAGAACACACUGGAGUGGCCAGAAGGGCCCCUACAGGUCGGCACUACCUGCACUUCCUCUGCCAAGAGACAACCACCCUGGAGCAUACGCAGUCCUGGAGGCAGCCGGAGACCUGGCACCCUGCCCCCACAUGGGCACAAGCUACCGCCGGCGUCCUCGGCACCACCUGCUGCUGUCCUAGAUUCCUUGCAGGCAGGCUGGGCUUCGUCCUGAGCCAGCAGUCGCUCUCAUGGUCGAGCUGAGGGGGGGCCUGCCUGUCUCUGUCCUUGCCCCGCAGGGCUUCUGUGCCCGCUGUUACUACUGAUCCCCGGCCCCAGAGAUGGCAGGGCUGAGUGGAAAGGUGCCCAGAGGGCGGCAGUUUGGCAAAUGCCUCCCUCUCCCCUCAGUGGGAGCGACCCCCAAAGAGAAACUCCCAGGCUGCUGUGCCAGUAUCCUGCAUUGUACCCGCUCUGGCCAUCUGCUCUGUGCCUGGGCAGAGCUGGGAGCCAGCCUAGUCAGUCCCCGCCCUCCUCAGGGGCAAGGGCACUGCCAUGCACCUUAGCUCUCCCCGGCCUCCCUGGAGCUGUGGGUGCUCACAGCACUGCCUGGCUACCGGCCCCUUCUUCCUGCAGCUGGCCACAGCGACUACCCCUUCCAACUCUUAAAGUCUGGGCCGCCAGCUCCAGCUGGGGUUGGACACAGCUGCCCCUGUGCUCCGCUGAGCCCCUCUGCCUGGGAACGGCCACCCUGGGCUCAUGUAGAAUCACAGCGGGGGAUGCUGGGUGGCACUUGGCCCCAGCUGUCUGAGCGACUGCCACUGCCUCCCGCCCUGGGGGAAGGCUGCCAGGAGAUGCACCUUUCGCUGGGCCGGGCCCGGGGAACUCUCCACCUCUGGAGCCGCCGACCCUGGGAGCUGACCAGAACACAACGUGCAUCCCUCCGGCUUGACUUGUGCUUGCCCCUGCUCGUUCCCAUACCUGCUGGGAUGGGGGAGAGCCCAGCCUUGUACACCCAGCGUGGGCACUGGGAGAGCCCGGUCCGCACAAAGAACAGUAUUAGCCUUGGUAUCCCCUGCCCCAUGGCCACUCACCUGUGCCCUCUAGCCCACUCCCCUGCAGGCAACCCUCUGGGGCUCUGUGCAGGCACUGCGUCGCCCUACUACUGCUGGCCCGAGGGUGCCUGCCCACUGGAUGCCCCCCAGCAGCCCACGCCCCUUGUCCACCCCUGCGUGGGGGGCAGGGCCCGCAGGGAUUGGGUACCCCUCUGCCGUCUGUUCCCCUUGUGGCUGAAUGUCUAAGUUAUGGAGCUGCGGAUCUGCAAGUUCUUAUUUAUACUAAAGAAACGAUUUUCACA